AUGACGAUUAGACCAAAGUGCAGAGGUACAACAGCCUCUGUUCAAGUCAAAAUCGUGAUAAAAGUGCGUGAAGCGUUCCAGAGACAGUCCUUUCCUGCCGUCUCUCGGACUGAAUGCUCACCUAUGAUGGAAUUCACAUCAUUGCUGCUCCAAGAAAACCCUAAAGAAGUGCUUCAAACGGACGUUCUCCAGCUAGGAGGGUCUGCAGCACUUUUAGGGAUUAUUCUGCAUACAACCAUCUUCCGCACAUCCUUUUGUGUGGAAAAUCACAUCUAUAAUCUACUGGCGCUCUACGCCGCGACUGUUAUAUCUUUAUUCUAUACAUACUUUACGAUCACGGUGCUCUCUCCAAUGCAAGUUCUAGGCAGAGUUACCUUACUCACCACUUUGUUCAACACCAGCCUCAUUAGUAGUAUUAGUAUAUACCGAUUAUUCUUCCACCGACUUCAUCCUUUUCCCGGGCCCUUCGCAUGCAAGCUCACCCGUUUCUACAGCGCUUUCUUAGCGGCAAAGAAUAUCCAAUACAAUGUGGAACUUAAAAAGCUCCACAAGCAGUAUGGCGAUUUCGUCCGCACAGGGCCCCGUGAGAUCUCCAUCCUCCGAAAUACGGCACUACCCAUAAUCUACGGUCCCCAUACUAAAUGUCGCAAGUCAACCUGGUACGGGCACUUGAAUGUAGAUCAUACAAAAAUAUGCAUGGCUUUAAGCCGUGACUUCAACGACCAUCGGCGACGAAGAAAGGCGUGGGACCGAGCCUUCAGUAUCAAAUCCCUCAGCGUCUACGAACCCCGUGUCAUAGCGCAGGCGAAGAAGCUCAUUGCCCAGAUCGAAGCCAACCAAGGAAAGUCGCUUGAUGCAACCACCUGGUCUAUGCUUUACACCUUCGAUAUCAUGGGGGACGUCGGGUUUGGUAACGACUUUGGCAAUCUCACAACUGGGAAAGCACACCCUGCUAUCAACGCUGUUCGUGACCAUAUGCGCUUCAUUGCUGUCGCGGGCCAUCUUCCGUGGCUUUUGAAUAUGCUUGGUAAGAUACCAGGCGCGGCGGCUGGGUAUCAGGGUUUCUUCAAGUGGUGCACUGAUCAGGUUGAAAGCAAGCGCAAGAGUUGGGACCACGAGAAAUAUCCCCAGGACAUCGUUUCCUGGAUCUUGAAAGCUUUCAUAGACAACGACGUGUCGGCCCCACCGUCCGAACCAGCUCUUCAUGACGACUCGCGGGUGGUGGUGAUUGCAGGCAGCGACACAACCGCCUCAGCCCUAGCAAACACCAUCUACUUCCUCGCCAAGCAUCCUCAAGUCCUCCAAAAACUCCAAACCCAACUGGACAGUGCAAUGCCCAACGGCCCCCAAAGCUGGACCUAUGACAAGACCAAACCCCUAACCUACAUCGACGAUAUAAUCCAUGAAAGCCUUCGUCUGCGGCCCCCCGUCUCAAGCGGUGGAUACCGCGUAACAUCCUCCAAGGGCCUCCAGAUCGACGAAGUCUUCAUCCCAGGAGAUGUUAAUGUGUUCGUUCCACCGCAGCUCAUCCAAACAGACGAACGAUACUACAAAUUUUCUAAGCAAUUUAUCCCCGAGCGAUGGGGUGAAAAGAGGGUCGAGUGGGGGACUGACAACGCACCUUAUUUUCCGUUUUCUUUGGCAGUCUACGGCUGCGUAGGGAAGAAUCUAGCUCUGCUUAGUCUCCGCGUGGCCGUAUCUACCCUGGCACAGCGUUACGAUAUCAGGUUUGCGCCUGGUGAGACUGGAGAGGCGUUUUGGAAUGAUGCGUUGGAUACAUUUACCACCUUUCUGCCACCUUUGCACGUUGUGUUUCAGCCGAGGAAGUUGUGA